ACACGUAGCGGUGGGAUACGCCGUGCGUCAGCGUUCGCGAAAGUACUGCAGACAAAUCGCUCUCUCGAGUCAACCGCAGAGAUCUAAACAAUGGCGAAACCAAUCGGAUCGGAGUACACACACCCGAGCUAGCUCCCGCCGGCUCUCACCUUAACUUCCAAUCAACAAAUCAACCCAUCUCCUCUCCUCCCUUGCAAGCUAAGCUAAAAGCCCCAUCCGGCACCACCACCAACCACCACCACCCGCAAUGGCGAAGACGCAACCCCGCACCCCGGCGGCCGAGCCGCUGCUCCCCUCCGCCUACCCCUCGCCGUACCUCGACCACCGCCACCCGCCGCCCGACGCCGACCUGUCCUCCUACGUCCUCCUCGUCCCCAUCCGCCGCCGCCUGCGCCGCGGCUGCCGCUGCAGCUGCCUCGCCCCCAUCCUCGCCGCCCUCACCCUCCUCGCCCUCGCCGUCCUCCUCUGGCCCGCCGACCCCGACGUCAGCGUGGCGCGCCUCAGCCUCGCGCACGUCUCCGUCGUCGCGCGCCCCGCCGUCGCCGUCAACAUCUCCGCCGCGCUCAAGGUCCGCGUGCGCAACCCGGCCCUCUUCGCGCUCGACUACGCCCGCCUCGACGUCGACGUCGCCUACCGCGGGAAGGCGCUCGGCACCGUCACCUCGGGGGGAGGCAGCGUCAGCGCCCGCGCCGUCUCCUACGUCGACGCCGACCUCGACCUCAACGGGAUCCGCGUCGUCGAGGACGCCAUCUACCUGCUCGAGGACCUCGCGCGCGGGUCCAUACCCUUCGACACCGUCGUGCAGGUCGAGGGAAACCUACACUUCUUCUUCUUCACCGUCCCCGUCAAGGGGAAAAUAACUUGCGAGGUUCAUGUGAAUCCACAGAAUCAGACCAUAGUAUACCAGGACUGCUACCCAAAGUGAGCCGCUGAUGGCAUCGAGCUACCUUUGCGUGUGAAUGUUUCAAACCUCGCUUGGAGUGCUGUUGGUUGAUGUAAGCUUAAUCCACUGGCUAUGGAUGUGCACGCAAUGAACAAUUUGUCUUGUACACUAUACCUACCGAUAGAUGGGCCGUUUGUAAAUUUGUUGGCUUGCCCAAAUACCUUAGUUAAAACCCA